UGCAUUUACUGCAUUCGUUUCGCAGUCGAUGUAGGAGAUGGGUGAUAGUCUCCCACGCAGUGCUAAUUUCGUUGAAAAGAUCUAUGAAAAUAGAAGUUUAUCCUGAUGUUGUCAAUAGCUGCAAGUAAUCGUGCAAAUAAAAUGUGGAAUAAUAGUAAUGAAGUGAACAGUGAAAAUGCUCGGCAAAAACAUUAUGAUUACAAAUAUCCCAUAGUACCUAACAACGGUUAUAAUGUUCCAAAUAACUCUUAUGCUCCAAACUGUGAAUAUUCCAAUUCGUGUGUUGGUUAUAGUGUUAAUGUUUAUGAAAAUAAUAACCUGAGUAACACUGCGGUGAAGACUGAAUCGUGUAAUUGGCCAAAUUACCCAGCAAAUUAUAUGAAUGAAAAUAAUACAAAUUUGGAAAUAGACAACAGGUGGAGAGAAAUGCCUUACUGUACGCAGCAGUAUGUUGAUAAUUAUAACUAUGAUCAAAGAGGAAAUCAACUUAUAACACAAAAUGGACAGAUAAUCAAAAAUGAAGAUGCCAGACACGUCAUUUCUCCUGGUCAAUGUAGCAUUUCAGAUACCAGCUAUGGAUCAAGUGCAUCGAGUCAUUUGAAUCCGGCGACACCUGAAAUUGAUGAUUCUCCUAAUCUCCGAUCGUUACUAACAAAAUCACAGCCCAAAAACUCCAUGCCUUGUAUUAUUGAAUCUGAUAAGGUUUAUUCGCAAGAAAUUCAACAGAUGAUGUUCCCCAAUCACGAGAUUACUGACUGGGGAAAAAACAAAAGGACAUCAAAAAGGAAAGAACGUAAUUUGUCGCAAUUUCAUGGUGGAUACAAGAGCAGCGAGGGUCAGACGUCUGUUCAGACUGAAGGUACUAUGGGUGGAGCAUCAGUCGCAAAAGAAGGCGCACCGUUAUCGAAGAAGCGGGCGGCGGAGCCCUGUCAGGAUGUGACGAGGGUCGCACCAGGCGGGGACAAUGCGAAUUACACCGAGAACAAAAUGGCCGGUGCAACCGAUGCGCAAGCAAUCUAUCCAUGGAUGAAAGCUGUCGGUGGUGAGAAAAAAAAAGAAGGUUCGAAAAGGACAAGACAAACAUACACACGUUUCCAAACGUUAGAGUUGGAAAAGGAGUUUCACUUCAAUAGUUAUUUGUCGAGACGACGGAGAAUAGAGGUAUCACAUGUGCUGGGCUUAUCAGAAAGACAAAUAAAGAUAUGGUUCCAAAAUAGAAGGAUGAAAGCGAAGAAAGAUGGAAAAUUUAGGUCAUCAGACCCAUACACAACUGAAGAAGUAGGUAUGACGAAAUUACCAAAUUUACCGGACUAUUUGGACACAAUACAGCAGAUGCCAGCUUUUAUUGAAUAUCCUAAUUAUUCUAAGGGUUCCGUACCCGCCCCCCAUACGACGCAAAUCACGAAUGGCAUGACAGAAAAUUGUUUAAUGUCUUAUGGAGGGAUAAUUCCUAAAAUGUAACCGCCAGGGUUACAUUUAUUAAAAUUUUUGAAAAAGAUAGUAUUUAUGGGUACUUGUAUGUAUAACAUAUAUGAAAGUUUUUGUUACAGUUAAAAAUUUGGAUCUGGUGUUAAUGUGUUAUUAAUAUUAAUUCAAUUUAUGUGUAUAUUUACGAAUAGAUGUAAGGAAAUAUUUUAUAAUAAUUAUAAUCACCUUUGUGGUAUAAAAAAAUGUAAUUUGAUAUUUUUUAUAUCAAUUAGAGCUUAAUAAUACAAAAUAAUUUUAUAAACUAUCUUUAAUCAAUUCAAUCAGCCUCCAUAAAUAAGUGACUACACAUAAUGUUUUGACAACUGUCUAUAGUGUGUAGAACUCGACAAGUUUGCAACGUAAUCCUCCGACAAACCUAUUUUAGUUAUUGAGGACUUAUUAAGUGUUUAUGUAUAAUAUUAAAUUAAAUAUACAUAUAUUUUUGUGUACAUGUUUAUGGAAUCACAUAUAGCUAAGUAUCACUUUGUUAAUUAACGAGAUUAGUAUAUAAUCAAAUAAGUACGUAUGUUUUUUACUUUUUAAUGUUUGUAAAUUGUAGAUAAUAGUCACUUUUAAAAAUAAUAUUUACAUAAUGUGCCCAAAAACCAUUUGCCAUCAAUGAAAUGUAAUUCUAAGGGCCUACGCAGUCGGCGCGUUUUAUAUGCGCAUAUGAUGUACCGGGAUCGAAAUGAGAUUUAAUGUUUAAAUCGAUACAAAUAUAAUAAUCUGCUUUUUUACCACCACAUGUUUAUGAAACGCACAUCGUGUUUGCAGAUAAAAUGUACCGUCUGCUUGAUAGGCUACCGCUUUAUAUGAACUAAGAUGAACAGUUCCUAUGUAAUAUUAAGGUUCAUUAUUUGUGAUUUUUUAUAUUUCUCUAGUCAAAUGGAGCUAAAAAUAAUAAA